GAACAAAUAGAUUCUCAGUACCGGAGGGCUGUGGGGACCACGCCAUCUGGAUCUGCCUGCUACCCCAGGUCAGCCAGUCCAGAGCAGGGAUCUCGCCUCGCAGAUUUCUUCACAAACUGCCAGCCUGAGUCACGGUCUGUUAGUAGCUGUCUGAAGGAGAACUAUGCUGACUGCCUCCUCGCUUACUCGGGGCUUAUUGGCACAGUGAUGACACCAAAUUACAUAGACUCAAACAGUCUCAGUGUUGCCCCAUGGUGUGACUGCAGCAACAGCGGUAACGACAGAGAUGAAUGCAUGAAAUUUCUGAAUUUCUUCCAGGACAAUACAUGCCUUAAAAAUGCAAUUCAGGCCUUCGGCAAUGGUACUGAUGUGAAUGUGUGGCAGCCCAUCUUACCAGUUCAGACCACUACAGCCACAACUACAACAGCUUCCAGACUUAAAAACACAGGUUCAGAGACCACCAACAAUGAAAUACCCACCCACAAUGAUUCACCAGCAUGUGCAAACCUGCAGGCACAGAAGAAGCGGAAAUCCAAUGAAUCUGUAGAUACAGAGCUCUGUCUUAAUGAGAAUGCUAUUGGGAAAGACAACACAGCAGGAGUCUCCACCAGUCACAUAUCUUCGGAGAGUUCGCUGGCUCUUCCCAGAAGCUCCUACCUAAGCACACCGCUCACUCUGAUGACACUUGCACUCUCACUCUGUUUGUUCCUAAGCUCAUCAGUCGUCUUGUAGCUGCAUUGCAAAAGGACGUGUAAAAAAAAAAAUCUGUUUCCUGUCCUCUGUUGUUUAUCUGGAAUUCCAGGUCUGGGAGCUAAGCUGAGGCACUCCUGCUAGAACGGUUUCAGUCAGCUGGAAUUAUUCUUUUUUUUUUCUCUUUUAAAAAAGCUUCUUGUGAUAUUUAGAGGCUUUGUGAAAUACUUGGUGCAGUGCUACAUUCCAAACCCAAAAGGCUUUUGGGCAUGCAGUGUUUUAAAGAGACAGAGUGUAAAUUUGCCUGUAAAGCGACCUGGUUGGAUUAUUUUAAUAAUUAUUAUUUUGAUUCUGGCUUUUACCUGAGAAGGAGGAUGGCAGUUUUCUUAAGAUCCUAUUUAUCCCAUUGAAUGGUUUUGUUUUUCAAAUUGAUUGAACUUCAGACUAUCAAGGAUGCCAGGCUUUUGUCUAACAGUGAAUGUUCUCCCAGAGGGUGGACUUUCUGAAACUUCUUCAUUUGAUAAAUUGCUACUGAUGUUAAACUCUUUCAAUGUAUUAGCAUUUUCCUCUUUAAAUGUUUACGUACUGUAAGUGAUUCUGCGUUCCCUGCUGAGAAGCCAUUAUAAUUCACGUACAGGUGUAAUGUACGUCUUUCAGUUAAAUUCUCAUAAAAUAGAGUGUGGCAUAGAACUUUUUAACAGUACAUUUAUCUUUUAAUUAUAAUCAUCUAGCCUUAACAAGGGUGAAGAGUCUUUAAAUUAACAAGAAGCAGCCAUUGUGAAAGCUUGAUGAAGAUACAUUUUAUUGAAUUUGACAUUAAGCAGUGGAAACAAAUUUUGCUACAGGGUUUCAGCUGUACAGUCUAUGGUCUUCUAUGCUUCCAUUGUGAUAAUAUAGUCCAGUUAUUAUACUGUUUGUUUAAUAAAAAUUACAUACAGUUUAUUUGGUCUAC